AUGCCUAACGAGCUGACAAGUUUGAGUUACCAUGCCGGGAACUAUGCUCCUAUUCACACUACCCUGAAUCUCCGGCCCUGUCCGUCUGAAGGCGCGAUUCCCGAGGAAUUUUUCGGAGGGCAGUAUGUGCGCAACGGAAGCAAACCCCUCCAGGUUGAUACUAGCCGAGGCUUCCAUUGGUUCAACAGUGAUGGGAUGCUCACCAGCGUGUUCUUCGAGCGCAUCGCGCAGGCCCCCGGCGUGACCACCCUGAUCAGUCCGAGAUCAUCGGUGCUCAGCGUGCUGAUGGAGGUCGUACAAGCGAUGGCUCUAAUUGUUGCCUCGCUCUGGGGUCUCAUCGCUCGGCCCAUCCGGCGUACCAGCACUUCCAACACAAGUGUUGUGCAUAAUGAUGAUCAAAUACUGGCCACGAACGAGACGGGCCCUCCUAUGCGUGUUUUUCUGCCGUCGUCGCUAAAGACUGUCGGCUGGUUCACUGGUAUGGAGGGCUUUAUCAAAGAAAUGACAACGGCUCAUCCCCACGUUGACCCUCAGACGCAAGAGAUGUUUCUCUUCCAUGCAACUUUCCUAGCCCCGUUCACUCUUUGUCUCAACCAGCCCGAACCGGGAUUUCAGGGAGGUGAGAUCAUGCAUGACUUCGGCGUAUCGCGCAAACACACUGUCAUGAUAGAUAUGCCUUACAACUGGCGUGGCCAGACACGAUUCGGGGUGUUUCCCCGGUACGAGCCCGAGAAGGUAAAAUGGUACACCUCAGCGCCCUGCAUGAUCAUGCACACCGUCAACACCUGGGAUGAAGAAACCUUCAACGGCACGCGGGUCCAUCUGCUUUUGAGGCCCAAGCAGAUCUCUCAUCAGUGGGCAUUAUCUGCGAUUCCCUUUGAGUUUCCACACGUGCCGCAUCGCCUCCAGAUGGCACCGACUCGCUUCGUUUAUGGGAACUCGAUGCGGACUGGAGACUUUGCGGAAGCUUGUAUUAGCAAUGUCAAGGUUGAAUGUCUUGUGAAGAUCGAUGUGGUGGCUCUGCUUGCGCGAGGCCUCGCCGACCCUCCGUCGCAGGUGGAUGGUUGUGUUGACCAAAGAUCUGUCGCCGAAGUUCUCAUUUCUGAUGAUCCAAAUGAUCCCAUCAAAGUCUUUGCUUUACCUGAUGGAUGGUACGCGCAGGAGUGCUCGUUUGUUGCUCGCAAGGAUGGUCAGUCCGAGGACGAUGGGUGGCUCGUCACCUACGUGUACGAUGAAUUGCAGCUCGAUGAAAACGGCGCAGCACCCGAGACUUCUCAGAGCGUGUUGUGGAUUAUUGAUGCCUUGGAAAUGAAGGAAGUCGUGGCUCGUGUGCUCUUGCCGCAGCGUGUACCGUAUGGGAUGCAUGGUAACUGGUUUCCUGAGGAGCAGAUUCUGGGGCAGCGAGAGGUGGAGCGUUUCCGUAAGUGAGUUGCAGUGGCCUAAAAGCAUUUGGACUCUUAGCAUAUGCUAUUCAUAGUCAUACUUGUUGGUUUGUACUCGCGGAGUUAUCUGUCGCAAUUGUUAUGUUUGUUGUUUGUUUGUUUGUUUGUAUGUUUGAUGGUCAGGUACGAGGCACAAUUCGGUCAAGACUCAAACUCCUGCCAAUCUCCAACUGUUCCUCUCCACCUCUCUUUGCUUCACCGAGCCAUGACACGACACGAUCAUCACUACCUAUCAAGUAUACAUGGCUUAGACUUUUCGCUUCGUCUCCUGGGACAAUCAACUUCUUUCUGUAAUCGACUAAGAUCUGGUGAUGCAGUGCCACUGCUCAGCCCCGAC